AUGCUUUGGAAAUCUCGGACCAAGACGGAGCCUUAUGGCGCACAGGACCGUGCAGACGGACUGACUGGCUCUUCACCGAGUGGUCGACUGUCCCAACUGUCCUCCCUCAACCAGGCUGCCUACUCCUCGGCCCCCCCUCUCUGCCACACCCCGGCCUCCGACUUCCAGCCCCCGUAUUUCCCCCCACCCUAUCCGCAGUCCUCCCUGUCAUACUCCCAGAGCCAGGACUCGGCAUAUUCCCACCUAUCAGACCCCUAUCCCACCAUCAACUCCAUCCACCAGCACCAGCAAGCGGCAUGGCAUUCACAGAGGUCUCGGUCCGACGAUGGGGGUCUCCUGUCACAGUCCCACCGGGCUCUGAGCCUCGACCCCCGGCGGGAGUACCCGGGUGUACCGCGGCUCCUGCACGGACUCGGGGAGGGAGCCGCGGCGCUGGGGGACGGCCCCCUCGGAAUGCACCUCGGACAUCACGGCCUGGAGGACAUUCAGGGAAUGGAGGAAGGAUCAGCCCUGGGCAUCCUCGACCACUCUGUCAUUAAAAAAGUUCCAAUCCCGUCCAAGCUGAAUGGCUCAUCGCUGUCCGCCAUGUCCCUCAGCAAGGAUGGCCUGGGCGUAGGAAGCGUGUCCAACCCCGCUGAGGUCUUCUGCUCCGUGCCGGGUCGCCUCUCUUUGCUCAGCUCUACCUCCAAGUACAAGGUCACUGUGGGUGAGGUCCAGAGGCGUCUCUCCCCACCCGAGUGCCUCAACGCCUCCCUACUGGGUGGAGUCCUCCGCAGGGCAAAGUCAAAGAAUGGUGGCCGCUGUCUGAGAGAGCGUCUGGAGAAGAUUGGCCUUAACCUGCCCGCCGGGCGACGCAAGGCAGCCAACGUCACUCUCCUAACAUCUCUAGUGGAGGGUGAGGCUGUCCACCUGGCGCGGGACUUUGGUUAUGUGUGUGAGACGGAGUUCCCAGCCAGAGCCACAGCAGAGUACCUGUGUAGGCAGAGCGAGCCGGACCAGCUGCCCACGCGGCGCAGCAUGCUGCUGGCCACCAAGGAGAUCUGCAAGGAGUUUGCGGACCUGAUGUCCCAGGACCGUUCCCCGCUGGGUGCCAGCCGACCCACGCCCUGCCUGGAGCCCGGCGUCCAGGGGAGCCUCACCCACUUCAGCCUGCUCACCCACGGCUUUGGCACGCCCGCCAUCUGCGCCGCGCUCUCCGCCUUCCAGAGUUAUCUGAUGGAGGCCAUCAAAAUGCUGGACAAAGGAGAAGGGGGAGGGAAGAGCCACCAUGACAAGGAGAUGAAGCACCGUAAAUAGGGAGGGGGGGGGAUUGCGGACAGGAUGAAUGGCAAAAAGAAUGGACGGAAGGAAGACAGAGAGACGGAGAGACA